AUGUCGCUUCUUGCCGAGGCCACCACAAAUGCUGACAUUUAUAGUAAACCCAGAGACCUCAUCAUCAACUGCGGUAACACAUGCUUCCACGUCAAUCGCGCGGUGGUAUGCGCCAAGUCCAGCGUUCUGGGAACACUGUGUGGUGAAGAAGCACCACAUACCAUGAUCACGAUUCCUCCCGUCGACGCCGAUUCCUUCGAGGCCAUCCUCUACUACAUCUACACUGGCGACUAUGAGUUGGAGGGAGAGGGGGCUGGGGAUAUUGGUAAGUAUCUCACCCUCAGCACGAUGGGCCAGGCUGCUGAAGAUGCAGUCCGGCGGUUUGCUGAUACCCCUUUCGCGGUAGCGACAACACCGCUCGAGGACCUCUACAAGCACGCCUACAUCUUCGCCCUAGGCGACCACUACCAGAUCAACAGCCUGAAGCUCAAAGCCACGGAGAAGUUCCAGGCCGCCCGGAAGCAACAUCACAGCAUCUCACCAACCGACUUCCUAGAGAUCGCCAGCACGAUUCUCACCAGCCACGGCCUCGACCUGCAGCUUCUACGCACCGAGCUGAUCGCCAUGAUGACCGACAAUCUCCACCUGGCACAAGACGAAGACUUCGUGAAAGCGGUUUCCACACAUCCAGUCUUCCAGCCCUUCAUCGCGCCGCUCAUCUCCGCCUUAGCAGCGCGCUCAGCACUCCCAGCGGCCAACUCAAAUGCCCAGACACUCGACUCUCCGCGAGAUGACGCACAGCUCGACGCGCUCAUCUCCUCACACGAAGAACAGGUCGCCGCGCUGCGCUCCUCCCACAAGGCCGCUACCGAGGCCCUCACACGCUCGCACGAGGCUCAACUCAUCCACCUGGCCCGGGCGCACGACGACGCAAUGGAGGAAACGCGCCUCUCACACCACCACACCAGGCAAGCGACGAUUAAGGAGUACGAGUACGAUAUCAGUGACAUGGCAAAGAAGCACACUACCGAUAUGCAGAUCUUGCGGGCUUCGUUCCCCACACGGAAGAAGGUUGGGGAGGACAUGAAUAGACUGGCGAGACAGAUCGAGGCUUGUAGACAUUGUGGGAAGAGGCCGUUUGUGUAUCGUAUUGAGUGGCAGAGUAUUGGGUUUCUGGCGAGGUGUACGCAGUGUGGGACGAAGCAUGGGCUUUGA